CUUCCCUCGGUUUAACUUUUAAGGAUGUUUAACGAAAUAUUUUUAUUGUACGAUUUUGAACUUUGACAUCCGGAAAUGGUUGGGAGCGAGACGUUUCUAAGGGGAUUGUGCCUUAUCACCAUGAUGAUGCUGGGAGUUCAGUCUUUACAACCACUUCCUCAAGAAAGUUCCGACUGGUGCGCGAACAGCAGUGUGGCGUCCAGUACACCGCCACCGCCAGCCGUGCCCACAUCCUUCCAACUGGCUCCCUUUCCCACCUUCAACUGUCGGCCCAUGAAGCAGGAAGAGUGUGAUGACAUGGCCUUACUUAUGAUCCCUGAAUGUGUGGGCUGGACGGUGGUGGACCUGGAUCUCAAGCACCCCAAUCGUAGCCAGAGCUUGUCAGUUUUCCGCAACAUCAGUCUAGGUAUUGCCACGGUCCGGGCGGAUCGCCCAGUCCGGCUGGGCACGUAUGACACCUACCUUACCAUGACUAAGAUGGCGGUGGCCGUGGACUACCACUAUCUCCCCGAGGGUUUGUUCAUCCACCAGGCCCUGGAUCCCAUCCGGCGCAAUAUCAUCGAAUUCACCAUGUACAAUUGCCACUACCGCUGUACCGGCAAAAUGCCGACCCUCAAUUUCUCUAGUCUCCUCAGCUUCACCAUCGACAAAUGCGACUACAGCUACCGGAAACCGUUAACCGUGCAGCGCGAUGAUUUUGCCCAGAACCUGUAUCUGCGUUCUAUCAUAUUCAGCGAAUGCGUCACCAUGGAACUGGAGCCGUAUACCUUCACCCACAUUCCGGAUCUGCGUUUACUGGCAUUGGAGAAGAACUUCUUCCGCUAUUCAUGGAUGGAGGCAGAGGGUGCUCGGGAUAGACAGUACUUGCGACUUCGGCAUUGUGAAUGCGAAUACGCUUGGUUGCGGGAUCUCUUCCGGGUCAAUCCUGGAUUGAUCGCACCGAAAAGUGCCGGUCAAAUCUACGAAGUUUGCCAAGCCGUUAGCCCGGUGGUAAAGAGAGAAGAAAUCUUCGUGCCGAUUGACUGCACGAACCCGAACCUUCCUGAGGACAAGAAUAAAGUGGACUGGACUGAGACGCGCUUUUCCUCUAACCAUGCAUCCCGGCAAUUUUUCCGCUCGUUGGUUUUGAUAAUUGGCGUUGUUUUAUAUGUGAUGGUUUGACAACUGCAUAUGUGAUCUUAUUUGAUACAGACCAAUCCGAGUAUCUAAAGAUGCCGAAACAGCUAUCAGUGCUCAUAGUAAAAUCUCUGCAUUUUCAAUCAUAUGAAAAUUAAUUAUGGUUAUAACUAUUCUAUUGGUAGUUGUAUGCUUAUUGCCUGUCUUGGCAAUCCCGUUUUGUCCAAAUCCAUUAUUUUUAUUGAAACAGUUCAUGUGCUGUAGGGCUAGCAAUUCAUCCAGUAUUUUUGUCUCAAGAU